AAGAUAUCCCUGCCUGUGGCAGGAGGGUUGGAACGAGAUGAUCUUGAAGGUUCUUUCCAACCCAAACCAUUCUAGGAUCCUAUGAAUUCUAUGUCGUGGGAUCCUGGCUCUCAUUGUACAAGUUAGAGAACAGGCUCCUGUGAUUAAGACAUAAAGCGCUCAUCACUUCUUGUGGUAAACUUAUGCUUCCUGUCAUGUCCUGCCGCAGACUUCUCAUAUCUCACUUCCCAAGUUCUGCUGCCUUCAACCAGAAGUUGCUCCAAAAGAGUCCUAAUGACAUCUUAAAUAAUAUUUUCCUACCAAAAGAAUCCAUCUGUCUAAAUUGUGGUUCUGCAUGAAUUUCCUGUAGCAAAGAUCUUUCAUGAUGGCAAUUUAAAGUAGGACUUUUCUUAUUUAAAAGAGAGUUUGUUCUCUUCCAAAAUCUCCCCUAUCCCACUGAAUAUUUAAACUUUUAUAGUUAUGCAGAAAUCUUGUAUCCAAUACACUAUGUCUGCACAUUUAUACCACCUUAGUUUCUUCUUGUCUUUGAAUCAAAUUUGAGCACCACUUCUUUUACCUUUUGAGGCCUGAUACUGAUUGCAUGUUCUCUCUCCAACCUUGUAUCUUAAUCUCUACUUACAUAAAGACCUCUUCUUCCUCUCCAUGCCCUUGUCUAAAAUAUAGCUAUGAUAUCUAUUCACACGCAUUACUCAUUCCCAGGUCAGUGAUAAAUACUCAGAAAACAAACCAGUGUUAUUGAGAAUAGCACAUUGAAAACCUCAGAACAGUGUGGAGGAGUGUCAAAAUGUGAUAUUGUAUUUAAAAAAUCAAAGGGGAAAAUACACAGAACACCCUCCCACAAAAAACUACAGCCAAUGAGAUAAUCCUGAGACCAAGAUGAUCCAGAUGAAUUUGUGUCUUACAUUAUUUUCUUUACGUGAUCAUUAUCAGUCUUUUUUUAUUUAUUUACAUAAGACCUUAACUCACACUCCUGUGUUCCAGUGAACAUCAAUGCAGACAAAUUUGGAACACCAGUCUGAUCAAACAAAAUUAUCAGAACAUCAGACUGCAGUCAUCAGUAGAGUUCAAACAUGGAGUGCAGUCCUAGUGCCUGAGCAGUUCAUUUCCUGCCAACUUAGAUCUGUUUUCUGUCUUUACCUCUUAUGUCUCUGUCCUCAGUGAUAAUUACUCUGACUCCUAGCUUUCAAACAAGACAGAAAGCUGAGGCCUUUUGUCUACUUGACUCAUAGAACUGUGCUGGGGAAAUGCUGUGGCUUAAAAAAGGAGACGGAACUCUGAAUCUGAAAUUAGUAGAUCAGUGAGGAAGUGGAGAAACAGGAAGACACGAGGAAGAACUGGCUUGGAAGUAGUACCAAAGAAGUGCCAAAGAAGUAGUAGUAGUAACAAAAAUGACAAACAUGAAGGAUAAAUUUCUCUCUAGCUUCCCAAGACUAACAUUUCCUUUUUGAUAUUAAACUCAGCCUUGCAUAAUCUCCUCUGCUUUUACCCUUUCUGAACUCUGCUGCAGGGUUUAUCUUCACUUAUCAUCCUCCCGAGGAGAGCCAAUGAACGGAAGGCAGAACUGCUCAGUCUGUUUCCUCAGUGUUCGCCCAGGCUCUCAGCACAGGAAGCCUAGUGCUCUGAAAAGUCAGAACGAGGAACCUCUCCAGCUUUGAGGAGCCAGUUGAUCAAGAGCAUGCACAGCUAGAAGACAGGAGCUGGAAAGGGAGAGAGGAAACACUGACACUGGCUGCUGAGGAUGCACUGGCAGGCAAUAAAUGCUCCCCAUGACCACAGUUAGGUUGGUGUCGGGAUGGAUGGAGUGAUGGAGCUGCCUAGAGCGUGAAAGCAGGAACCAACAUGAAGAUUUCUGGGAAGACUGUGUGUAUGCUUGUGGUGCUCACCAUCACUGGUAUGAGAUCAACAGAGAACAUCAAAAUGUCAGUGACCGUAGGUGACAGCUCAGUGCUCUCCUGCCCUCCAAAAACAAAUAUAACUCUGCUAACAUGGAAAAUAAGUCCCAAGGUUGGAGGCCCCUGCACCUUGGGAUACAGGGCUGAUACGAACACAACAGACAGAACAAACUGCAGUGACAGCAUAAACUGGAAAUUCAGACCAGAUCUGAGUCCCGACCUUGAGAUACAGCAGGUGGGGAUAGCCCAGGAGGGAAAAUACAUCUGUGAAGUUGUAACACCAGACGGGAAUUUCCGCAGGACAUACCACCUGACUGUGCUGGUGCCCCCCAGGCUGAGCCUGUACUGCGAUGAGCACGGGAACGCCGUGUGCGAGGCAGCGGCAGGGAAGCCUCCUGCUCAGGUCUCGUGGCUCCUACAGAGCAACUCCUCCCUUGAGGAAAAAAGCCACAACAACGGGACAGUGACUGUUCUCAGCAGGCUGACAGCAUGUAACACCAGUGUGACUGACACAACCUGCAUGGUGUUCCACCCAACUGGGGACUGGAGUGAGUCCAUGGCCUGUUGCUCCUCAGACCGUGCCACAAAACCAAACCUCCUGAAACUGAUCCUAUACAGAAUGACACGACGGAAGUGGAACCUUAUACUACUUAUGUGCAGAAGGAAAACGUAAUUUACAACUCAGUGUCUGAUCUGACAGUGGGGCAGAAUCUUCCACAAGAACUAUGGCCAGGAACUUGAACAAUUCAACAACACUGGAAAAGGAAAGACACACUUUAUAAAAGACUGGUUAUAUAAAGAAACUUCUCAGAAGAUUUCUUUAGAUUUUGGGGCAGCAUAACUAACUAGGUCUCUUCAAACACCUGUGCUUGCCAAGGAGUCUAUAUAGGUCUAUUUUUUUCCCCCUUGUUUUUCUUUCUUCCUUGGGAAGAAGUGAUGUUCCUUGCAAAAAUGUGACUGACCCCAUGACACAGUUUUUCCUGGAAAAAAUGUUGUGACCAGUGUUCCCUUUAGUGUUCUUGCCCUGGAGGUUCUAGUUUUGUCAGACACUUCUAAUGGUAACAUUCAUACACUUGACACUAUGAUGCACACAUUUGGGAGACCAGAGGAGUGUUAUUUCUGAACCAAAAUGAAACACUCUUCAAUCAGCAGCCACUUUUUUCUAAUUCACACAUUACUAACAUGGCGACCCAACUACUGAUCAUCACUGAAUACCUCAAAUAGCAGAAGAUAUUGGUAGCGAAGACCCAGUUCUGAAAAUGGAAAUGGGUGAUAAAUUUAGAAGAUCAUCCACUAAGAGUCUUCACUAACAUGAAUAAUUUACUUGUUAGUUUCAAUAUUCAGUAACUCAGGAUGCCAUUAA